GAAAAGGGAAGUUUCAUUUCUAACACUAAUCCCAACUUUCACUGUGUUUGCAACAGAGAAACGCUCACUUCAGUCCUCUAACGAACAACCACGUUACUUUCGUUUUCCACCAGUUGUGACUUCUGUUUGUCUAGAGAAAUAAUUUAGUUCCACAGAGCUACUGUUGGUGUACCACACAGCUGGAAAGCAGGAUAUGUUUGUUGGUGCUACUCUAACAAGUAAACGAAGACUCGGUGGGGAAGGCAGCGAGCAGCUACAUUGUGAGCCAAUAAGCAGAUGUGCAAUGAAAAUGACUUACAACUUACCACUGUCUGAUAGGCCAUGAUAGGCUUGUCAAGUUGUGCAGGGGUUAUGGAAGAUCUAAUGAAUUUUGCUGAAGAGCAGCAACCCUCCUCUCCCCUGGCCAACUCGUGGUCCAAAAAACAAGAAUCAAACAAGAAUCAGAAGAAAAAAGGUGUUGGUGGAUUUGUGCUAGUGCAUGCAGGAGCAGGAUACCAUUCUGAAUCUAAGGCCAAGGAGUACAAGCAUGUGUGCAAAAGAGCCUGCCAGCGAGCUAUGGACCAGCUCAAAGCUGGGGCGCUUGCAGUGGAGGCUGUGGCUGCAGCACUGGUUGAACUUGAGGAUUCUCCUUUUACAAAUGCGGGUAUGGGCUCCAACCUUAAUUUGUCAGGAGAAAUUGAAUGUGAUGCAAGUAUUAUGGAUGGGAAGUCGCUGCAUUAUGGCGCUGUAGGUGCUAUUAGUGGUAUUAAGAAUCCAAUCUUAGUUGCAAAUCGCCUACUGAGUGAAGCACAGAAAGGGAAACUGUCAGCUGGCAGAAUACCACCCUGUUUUUUAGUGGGGCGAGGAGCUCAUGACUGGGCUGUCAGCCAUGGAAUACCACCGUGCCCUUCAGACAAAAUGGCCACCAAGUUCAGUUUAUCUGCGUACACGAGGAACAAGCGAAAAAUGGAGCUGGCAGAAAAAAUGGACACAGGACAUAAUCAGACAAAGAAAAGACGACAAUCAAGUGAAAAUGAAAAUGGUUCAGGGUGCCUUGACACAGUAGGAGCUGUUGUGGUAGACCUGGAUGGGAAUGUAGCUGCAGCAGUGUCCAGUGGAGGCCUGGCCAUGAAACAUCCUGGCAGGAUAGGCCAGGCUGCUCAUUAUGGAUGUGGCUGCUGGGCUGAAAACGCCUGUAAUAUGAACCCGUACUCUACAGCAGUGAGUACCUCAGGCUGUGGAGAGCAUCUGAUUCGUACCAUGCUGGCACGGGAAUGCUCUGCUGCCAUGCAGUCUGAAGAUGCCCACCAAGCACUGCUGGAGGCUAUGCAAAACAAGUUCAUCAGCUCACCCUUUCUGGCCACUGAAGAUCGUGUUUUGGGUGGAAUAAUUGUCUUGAGGUGCUGCAGAUGUUUGGAAGCUCAGCCAUCUAAAAAUAUUCAGGGUAUACUGGUGGAGUUCCUAUGGAGUCACACCACAGAGAGCAUGUGUGUUGGCUACAUGUCUGCCCAGGAUAGUAAAGCAAAGACACACAUAUCCAGAUUACCAUCUGGGACCAUUCCCGGGCAGUCUUUGGCCAUCGAGGGAGGUGUGUGUCGACUGAUGAGCGUAGUAGAGUGAGCCGCAUUCUCCCUCCUUCUGGGCUUCUUCAGCAAUACUCCAAUACAAACCCUUCCACCAACCAACACACCCACACACCCUCACCACCUUUGUGAUACCAGAAGUAAUAAGCUUUGGCUGUUUUCACAUGUGUGUAGGACUAAGAGAUGGUGUUAACUUCUACUUAGUGCUCUUACAGGACUUCCCUUUGCACUGUCUGCCUCCAGCAUGUACAGUACUCUAUGCCAACUUACCCAAGCUCUCCAGUGUCAUCUGGAUUAGACUUGAUGCACCAUUGCCUUUAUUCGCUAUUUUUUCUUUAUUACUCUUUUCUCAAUUAAAAGUGGCAUCCUUCCUUUUUGUAUACAAGCUCAAAUUUAGGAAAACAGGGUGGAUGUUCAUGGUAUUUUGUAUUGCUGAACAGAUGUGAAUAUUUUCAGACCUCUUGGAAUUUCAAAUGCAAGACCUUAUUUUGUUCUUAAAAUGCUUUUCAAGUUUGAAAAGAUGUCAGAGUGUACACUGCUGAAUGCCUGCUAGUCAAGGUGAUUGUUACAUAUAAUCAUUUACAGCUAUGAGAGAUGAGCAAUGAUGAUAAAAACAAUUUACAACAAUACCACGUGCAGUCCAUGAGCUUGUACAUGCUAUUAAUCCUCCAGCAUUCUAUGGGUACAUCUCAUGCCUCUUAUAAGAUGGGUCCUCAUCGAUGUAGGACAUUUUAAGUCUCUUAUAUGGGCUCUGAGGACCAAGGACAGUGCUGGAGGAGCAUGACCGAGGAUACACAAAACUGACCUUUGUGGAAGUUUUUUGUGAGCCGACAUGCCCCUUUAGACAUCAACUGGUGAUUGGAAGGUUCAGAUAAAGGGUCUGAGAUCUGGGGAAGGACUUCUCAUGUUGUUAAUAACAUGUUUCCUUGAGUCUUUUCUCCUUAUCUUUUCCUCACAUUCUACAUGGGCAGGAGUGAAAUGCAAGGAAAAGAUGCAAGUGAGGGAAACAACGUUGCUUAUAAGACACUUGGGAUGUAACCUAUAAAAUGUCACAUAAUGUGGAUCUUAGAUCAUGAUGACAUUUAUAACCAUUUUAGCCACAGAGUGCAUUGCUUUUUUAAAAUGUGAAUAUGUAAAUGUUGCAUGUACAAAAUCCACUUUCUGUUCCCUGACAGGCAUAGAGUCGAUUAAGAAGUAGAAAGCUAUGCACUUCCAGAGUUAUGCUGACACUCACACACACACACACACACACACACACACACACACCUAUAUAUACAGUAUAUAUAUGUAUACACACACACACACACACACACACACACAUAGUGCUCAGGAAGCAGCAUUUGACUACACCAUCAAACAUGACUGUUAGUCGUCAUUUAAAAAUCACAAUUUAUAUUUGUAUAUACACACACUGACAGAUAGUUGUAUUUUCUUGCUUUAAAUAAAAGGUAAGCUAAAACUAAUUUAUGCAUCAAGCCCAUGAAAUGGUGCUGUUGAGAAUUGUACUUGAAAGGAGUAAUUGUUUAAAUUGAUACUUCUGUCAGCAUAAUAAGUUACUGUGGUUUUGCUGUUUCACUCAGUUACUAAGAACUUCAGUCUCAACAAAAACUAUAAUAGAGCUUGUUUAUUCUUUACUUGAAAAUGUAACUAAUAUAAAAUGGUAUAAGCUAUGGAAAAGGGAAUAUGUGCACAGCUCUCUGCGGUGCUCAAAACAUAAAUAAAAUCUAUGUUGCUACAUUUCUAUGUCUAUCUUUAGUCUUUUAAACACCAUGGCAUGAGACACAUUCUUCCAAUUGAACUGAAAAAGACACACAUUGCUAUUUGGAGAGCAGUUUGUGCAAGCCCCAGCAGACAGCUUAAGUAUCAUAAUCUGAAUUGGGGCCUGCCAAAAAUGUAUAGUCUGGGAAUAAAUUACAUGCUGGACUGUAAUUGGAGUGAAAGAAGAAUUGUGCGGAAGGACUUGUGAGCAUGCUGAAACUUUUCAACAUGAGUGAG